AGUUUACCUUUUUAACAGGUCUUGUAAUUACGCUUAAUUAAUUAAGUAGAAUCUUUGUUCCCGCUCUCUCUACUUAUUCACGCCCUCCCUGCAAACACGAACGAAGCCAAAAAAAACCACUCACACCGCCCUUCCGAAAUUGUUGGAAUCCCCUCGACGCAUCCAGUGGUCGAAUCCCCGCAAGAAUUGGGCAACCAUUGGAAAGCAAUCACACAACAGAAAGCCAAAGAAUUCUCUGCCAAGAUUUGCGAUCUGGAUCGACAGUUACAGGAUGGCAAAGAGCAAUGGAAAAGUAUCACCUGAUCUCUGAGUAGAUAUAAUAUUGACGCUGGUUUUUAUAGCGUUUGAAGAAAUAUCUGUAUACACAUUGUCCAUCUAGAGUUUUCAGUGUGUCCGAGUUUUGGUUUUGGGAUAUGCUUAAGCCCAAUUUCAGAGUUUGCUUUGUUUACAGAUAAUUAUUUUUUUUUCCCUUUUUUCUGUCUCUUCUUUACGAUGGCUAUGAAUUCUGUCAUGGCGCGCUCGGACAGCCGAUUGGUGCGUGUUUCUUCCAAGGGGAAGAAGGGCGGCGGUGGGCUAUUGAAGAACCAGUUGGAGCUCGUGAAGAGGAAAGAUUGUGACAGAUAUACAAUUGCUAAAAUUCCUGAGAAUCUUUCGUUCGAAAAGGGCUUUUAUAUGUUUAUUAGGGCGUGCCAGUUAUUGGCGCAGAACAAUGAAGGGAUUAGUGUGGUCGGUUUGGCCGGGCCUUCCGGAGCGGGGAAAACUGUUUUUUGUGACAAGGUUUUGAAUUGCAUGCCAGGCAUUGCCUCUAUUUCUAUGGAUAAUUACAAUGAUGCAAGCCGCCUCGUGGAUGGCAACUUUGACGAUCCAGCACUGACAGAUUAUGGUACUCUUCUUCAGAACAUUCUGGAUUUAAAAGAUGGAAAACCUGUAAAAAUUCCUGUAUAUGAUUUUAAGCUCAGCUGUCGCACUGGCUACAGGGAUGUUGAUGUUCCAUCAUCAAGGAUUGUUAUCAUUGAGGGUAUCCAUGCUUUAAAUGAACAAUUACGCCCAUUGCUGGAUCUUUGUGUAUCUGUCACCGGAGGUGUUCACUUUGAUCUUGUCAAACGGGUUCUGAGGGAUAUUGGCCGUUGUGGUCAGGAACCUGCAGAAAUUAUUGCUCAAAUAUCAGAAACAGUUUAUCCAAUGUAUAAGGUACAUAUUGAACCUCAACUGGAGACUGCACAUAUUAAAAUUAUCAAUAAAUUCAAUCCUUUUUCUGGAUUUCAAACUCCAACCUACAUUUUGAAGUCUAGUCGUGUUGUAACAGAGGACCAAAUUAGGGAAGUUUUGUCCAUAGAAGAUCCAGGAAAAACUGAAGAAACUUAUGACAUCUAUCUUUUGCCUCCUGGGGAAGAUCCAGAGACAUGCCAAUCUUACCUGAGGAUGCGAAGUAGAGAGGGAAAAUACAACCUUAUGUUUGAGCAGGAAUGGGUUACAGAUCAUCCAUUUAUUAUAUCUCCAAGGAUUACAUUUGAAGUAGGUGUCCGUCUUCUUGGAGGCUUGAUGGCCCUAGGAUACACAAUAACUUCAUCAUUGAAGCGAACAAGUCGCAUAUUCACAGAUGAUAGGGUGAUAGUGAAAGUUGAUAAGCUUGAACAACUGCACCGGAAGUAUAUACAGGUCCAGGGUAAGGACAGGUCCUUUGUUGCAGAGGUUGCUCAGAAAUUGGGCCUUGAUGGGUCAUAUGUUCCUCGCUCUUAUAUUGAGCAAAUUCAACUUGAGAAGUUAACAGCUGAAAUAAUGGAAAUUCCUGAUGACCUUAAGUCCAAGCUAUUACAAAACGAUUCCGAGGUUGCCAGUCCCAGGUCAUUUUCGUGGAUAUCUGAGGCGAAACCUGGGUUGAAGAAUCAGUAUAGUAAAAGCUGGAGCAGAAAUAGCAGCAAUGAUAUGUGUAUAAGAGAAGAUUAUGAUCAUCCAGAUAGGCCACAGAAAACUUCGUCGAAGUCUCCAUUGUCUUGGGAAAAGGUAAACAGCAAAAAAUAUGAUAACGGUGUGCCAGACUCACCACGGGAGAUUCAAGACCAGGACUAUGGACGGCUUGCAGAACAAAUGGCUGGUGUCAGUGAAAGACUAGAUGAAGUCUUGUCUCGUGUUUCAGAACUAGAAACUAAACUUCCUCAGUGUGGCAGCCAAGGGCAUCUCCCACGGCAAGGUUCAGCUGUUGGUUCUUUUGGGAACAGUCUUGGUGUGGUGAACUGCAAUGGGAAUCCAAGUGGGUCCGGAUCUUCUCCUCCAAUUACAGCUUCAAAUGGUUCAGGGCCAGGGUUAGAUUCUAGCGUAGUUGAGGAGGUGAGGAAUCUUGUUCGAGGUCAGAGGCAUUUAACAAAGCAGUUGGAUUUACUGAGUAAACUCUUACGUGAAAGCAUUGAUAGUCCAAGUGAUAAUAAGAAAAAUGACAAAUGGAAGUGGGAAAGUCAUUUUGGAAGAAUGAGGACAAAUGAUUCUGGUCUUGCCAUUGUUGCUACCCUUGUAACUAUAGGCAUUGGAGGAGUUAUAGGGAUGAUUGUAUUAAGGACAUCAAGGACGUGAAAAAUGAAAUUCGAAGUAUAAAGGAUAAAUUACUUCUCAAGCAUAUAGUUCUCAUUGAGAUACGUGUGCUUUGUUGCCCAUUUUCACUUGGGGCUCUAUUCUUCUAGCAAUUUUUCUUGAGAAGCCGAUAAAGAAGUCAUGAUUCUCAAAAAGGUUUUCAAUACCAAGAGAUUGUUUCUAGUGCAAGCAUUUUCUCUUUGAGUCAUCAUACAAAGCUAUCAUUUUGGAAAGCAGCUAAAGCCAUUGUCUAAAUUGUUUAAAUAGAGUUUUUUAUGAGAAGACCACAAGAAUAUAUCUUUUUACUCGUGCA